AUGUCUGGAAGCCUGUGGUCUAAGGCCAUUUUUGCUGGCUAUAGGCGGGGUCUCCGGAACCAGAGGGAGCACACAGCUCUUCUUAAAAUCGAAGGUGUUUAUGCUCGAGAUGAAACGGAAUUCUAUCUAGGCAAAAGAUGUGCUUAUGUGUACAAAGCAAAGAACAACACAGUGACUCCUGGUGGCAAACCAAACAAAACCAGAGUAAUCUGGGGAAAAGUAACUCGUGCUCAUGGAAACAGGGGCAUUGUUCGUGACAAAUUCCGAAGCAACCUUCCUGCUAAAGCCAUUGGCCACAGAAUCCAUGUGAUGCUGUACCCCUCAAGGAUUUAA